AUGGAUAGAAAUGGAUGUUUCAGUGAUUUGCUAUGGGUGCCUCACAGCCAGCACAAAAUAUCCAAAACUUGGGAAAAUCCUAACAUUUGCUUGAAUGUACGGUGUCACCGUGUUGGCAUCCCAUUUGAUCCUCUAUGUACAUCAGAUUUAGAUAACCUUGGUUUUUAUCAGAUUGCUAAGAUGAGGAAAAUCAAUGUCGGCAAAUACUUGAUAUCGGCAUUGGUGGAGCGUUGGUGGCCCGAGACAAAUAGUUUUCACCUACCUGUAGGAGAAAUGACUAUUACGUUGCAAGAUGUCAGUUGUUGGUGGGGGUUGCCUAUCCAGGGUAAACCACUUGUUGGCAAAGCUGAUGCACAAUGGUCAGAAUUAGUUGAGAGGUUGUUUGGGAUUCCUGUGGAUGAACAACACAUGAAACAAAAAAAGGCGAAAAGGCGUUGA